GAUCUAACAACCCUCGUCCCUCGUUCUUUUGACUGACGAACAAAUUCAACCUUACAUUUUAACUGUGAUCAACAAAGCCCUAAGAACUGCAGCUGCAAGGUAGAGAGAUGAACGAUGGAGAAACCCUUGUGGAAGCUGCGCUGCGUGUGCUGAAUACAGCAGACCCAGUUGAGAAAGCGAAACUUGGAGAUGAAAUAGCAAACAAUUGGUUCCAAGGUGUUAUUGCAAAUCCUUACCACCCUUCUCAGCCUGAUAUCAUCGUCCCAGACCGCCCUGCCAGACUCUCCAAUGUGAAGCUAGUGUCGCCUAGUCUUAUGCCGAAGCUUGGGAAAGCCGGAAGCUUACAGAGCAGACAGGCCAUCGUGCACAGCCUUGUUCACACUGAAAGUUGGGCCAUUGAUUUGUCCUGGGAUAUAAUUGCACGUUUUGGUAAACAAGAGUCAAUGCCAAGAGAGUUCUUCAAUGAUUUUGUAAGAGUUGCACAAGAUGAAGGUCGUCAUUUCAGUCUUCUUGCCACCCGGCUUCAGGAAUUGGGGUCUUUCUACGGAGCACUCCCUGCUCAUGAUGGCUUGUGGGACUCAGCUGUUGCUACAUCAAAAGACCUAUUUGCACGUCUUGCAGUUGAGCAUUGUGUUCAUGAGGCAAGAGGACUGGAUGUGCUGCCUACAACCAUCUCCCGAUUUCGUAAUGGAGGUGACAACCAGACUGCUGAUUUGCUUGAGAAGGUGAUUUACCCUGAAGAAAUCACUCAUUGUGCUGCUGGAGUUAAGUGGUUCAAGUAUCUGUGGUCACGAUCAUCUUCAUGUUCAUGUGCUGAUGAAGAAAGUGAUGAAGUGAUUCAGAAAUUCCAUGAAAUUGUGAGGGAAUAUUUCAGAGGGCCAUUGAAGCCUCCUUUCAAUGAGGCAGCAAGAAAAGCUGCUGGAUUUGGUCCUCAGUGGUAUGAACCUCUUGCUGUCAAAGAUUUUACUCAGUAAAAAGCUAACACAUUUAUAAUUUAUAUGAACCAAAAUGUUCUCUUAAUGAGUUGUUGCCAUUUGCAUUCCUUAGUUCCAUGUCUUGGCUGCAGGGCUUUUGAAUCACCUUAAUUAGUUAAAAAUUUACCAAGUUACAGUGUUACACAACCCUAAACAAGAGCUGUUAAGGCUUGUUUCCAGCAUUUUGCAUAAUUUUUUGCUCAACUUUGAACAACCAUAACUUGUUCUUACGAGCUUCACAUUAAUCGGAUAACCACAUGCU